CCAAUGGCAAUGUGAAAAACUGAUAAAAACACUGGUCUUUGGAAUUUGGCCGGGUUUCUCUUCUUGUCUGCACUGUCAGACCUAAAUCACCAUGGAGGAACAGUCAAGAAACGUUUGGAUCAAGCAAGAUGAUCCAAAGCUGGUAUCCUCCAGACAUAAGGACAUAUUUGAGGACAUCCUAGAGGACCGUCGCCACAGUAGUGAUUUAGGAUGGAGCCUCCGUACCCGUGAUGUCCCCGAUUACAAAAACAACAAACCAAGGACAAUAGAUCAGAUUAAAGAGCAUGUCAUGGCCAGUGAUCGUGUGAAGUAUGCUGUGGAACAAGUUUGUAUGGAGAGUGGAUUGCCAGCUGAUGAGGUGUGGGCUCAAGCCAAGGAAAUCCUUGAGGAAAUGUCACAUAACCUCAGACUUGGUGCUAUCAGAGGAUUUGCUGUAUUCCUAGUCAAAGUUCUGAAAGCCUUAUUUAAAAGAAUUUAUGUAAAUGAAGAAGGCAUUCAGAAGGUGCGGGCAAUGAUUAAAGAGUACCCAAUAUUAUUGACUCCAAGUCAUCGAAGUUAUUUUGAUUUUCUACUAAUGUCCUUUGUGUUUUAUCACUAUGACCUGCCAUUACCUGUCAUUGCAGCAGCUAUGGAUUUCAUGGGAAUGAAAUUCUUUGGAUGGCUGUUAAGGAAUUCAGGUGCUUUUUACAUUCGCCGAAGUUUCGGUGAUGACCAAUUAUACUGGGCUGUUUUCACAGAGUAUGUGCAGACACAAAUCUGUAACAGUGAUCAUCCUCUUGAAUUUUACGUGGAGGGUACCCGCAGUAGGACAUCCAAGUCAUACUGUCCAAAAUUUGGAAUGUUGUCUGCAUCACUAGAGCCCUACUUCAAAGCUCACAUCCCUGAUAUCAUGAUUAUCCCUAUUAGCAUCAGCUACGACAAAGUCCUAGAGGAGAAACUAUAUGCAUAUGAAUUACUGGGAGUUCCAAAACCCAAGGAAUCUACCUCAGCAUUAUUUAAAGCGAGAAACAUUUUGUCAGAAGACUUUGGAAAUGUACACAUACAUUUUGGAGAUCCUCUUUCAAUACGUGAAUACUCAGUGGGGAAAGUUGACAGAAGCAUCCACAACCUUGCACCAAGGUAUAUUGCUAGUCUGUCAAAACAGGAGACAGAUCUACUUAAGAGUCUUGCCUAUGAUAUUGUGUUACUUCACUUAAAACACAUGGUCAUCUCCCCUUGGUCCAUGACUGCAGCAGUGAUGGUUCAAAACAAGGAGGGUAUACCCAUGCGACAGCUUGUGCGAGAAGUAGAGUGGCUCAAACGCCAUGCCUUGAAUUUGGGAGCAUACAUAGACUGGCCAGGUAAUGAAUCGUCUGACACUGUGGUGAGAAGUACACUACAGCUCCACAAAAACAUUGUUACUAUAAACAAGGACGAUGUAAUUGAGUUAGUAUCCAUGGAUGUUCCAUCACAUGUGAGUGAGGACCAGUUAAUGCAGGCAGCAGCCCAGCAUCUGAUGCUGUCGAUCUACCGCAAUCAGCUGAUGCACAUUUUUGUCCGUGUAGCGAUGGUGUCCCUGUCUAUCAAUGUCUGUACCCAGGACACUUUACCUUUAGAGGACCUUUACAACAAAUACGUAUUUCUGGAGCAUUUAUUAAACAGAGAUUUCAUUUUUCAUCCUGGUCAUACAAAACUGGACUUUGAGCACUCCCUCUUGACCCUUACACACAACUGUGGUGUUAUAAUCAGAGAUAAUGCUAUCCUUAUCAAAUCCUCUACCAAUAAAUACACCACGUUCUUCAGCCAGAUGUUUGAGCCUUUCCUCCUUGGAUACUGGAUUGUGUGCCGAUGCCUUUUAUCAUUACACACUGAUGUGCAUGGUAAACCCAAGGCCAAGACUCCUAAAGUAAUCGCUAAAGAGGCUCAGAUGUUGAGUGCAAGGCUUUUAAGGGAUGGUGCUGUUAAGCACUUAGAGGUUCUCUCCCUCGACAUCCUCAACAAUGGACUCCAUGCCCUCUUCCAUAUGAACGCUGUGUCAAAAGAAAAGAGAGAUGGACAGGCCUAUAUGUAUCCCAACACCAUAGUUCUUACCAAUAUCUGCGAACAACUCGAAAAGUUCCUUGACGUUCCACAGAUUCCCAUGACAAGCAUCCUGGUGGAAUCGAAAACAGUGGUGAUCAAUGCUAAGUUAUAGACAUAUAUAGAGCCAGCAUCUCUUGUGAAAAUGUCAAUUGUUUCAACUGUCCAUGGAGACUAAAUGUCAUGACAGAGAUGUUGUAUUUUUUUGACACUUUUAUAAUCCAGGAUUGCAAUGUGACAAAAAACAUCGAGAAGAAAUAAAAAAUUCAAUCUUCUAUAUUAAAGUGGUACUAUAUCCAAAAACUUAUAUUAUUGCAUGAUGGAAUCAUCAGAGUUUCACCUGUUAGCCAUGAGUCUGUUAAUCAUCAGUCAAUCUGUCCUCCAGUGCAUCAAUCUGUUGACUAUGUGAAUAGCUUUCAAUACUCUGACUUGUUUUAGGGUAAAACACGCCAGCAGCCAGGUAUAGACAAAAUUAGAACAUAAUGCUGGUAAACCUGGUUUCAGGAGUUACUCUUUAUUAUUUUCUUUUUUAAUUUAUGAUUAUUCUUUUUAAGAGGGCUCUUGGGAACUUGGUAACUCUUGCAACCCAAUACCUGUAACUGAACUAUAUAUAUGACAUAUAAAUAAGCUUAUGAGAUGUUUAUUCAUGGAGAUUUUUCUCCUAUUUUGUUUUUUGUUUCUUUUAUCUAACUGUUAUAUUGAUUUUAUUUAUUUUUUGAAAAAUAGAACCUUGUAUCAGUUUACAGCUUAUAAUGAUGCAACAUCUUGUAUCAAUAUACUCCGUCUUAUAAUUGUGUGUCGCUAUACUCAUUGUCUGACUAUAAAUAUAUUUAACAAAUUAAGCAAAUCAAUGAUUUUUGUACUGUAGUUCUUUUCUUGUUAUCAAACCCUUAAAUGAAUUACUGGUUUUUGAUUUGCUCAUGAAGGGCAUUGAAUUAACUGGUGUAAUGAGAAGAUGACCUUGUAUGACAAAAAAUUGUGUUACUACACAUGUUUGAUUAAAUUUUAGUGCAAAAUUAUCAUUGAAAGUAAAAUUAUUGGCCAGUGCAAUUCAUGCUAUGAAUCCAGCAAUGUUUUCAUCUUGAAAACAACGGAUCAUAAUUUAAACAUUUGACAUUUUCAUUAUAUUGAAAUCCAUCAAAGGUUUCUAAGAUUGAAAACGCAGCUAUUUUUGUCUUUUCCUUUGAAAUAUAUUAAGGUUUUUUUUACCUGUAUAGAAUCAGAUCAAUUGUAUGUCAUGAUAUGUAUACAUGCACAACAAUAUUUGAACAUGUAUAUAUACAUUUAUCUUUUGAAAGGAUUAUUAAAUGUAAGGCUGGUCAUGUGAUUGUUUCAUUUCUUGAUGAAACAAUGGUCUCAUACUAUAAGGUGUAAGUGAUAUUGUUUAUAAGUGUGUACCCGAGUAUAUGUAGCAUAUAUUUAUUCACAAACUCUGUAGUGCUUUAAGUCGUUAUGUAUAAUUCAAUUGAUUCCAAAAUGAUUAUAUUUCCAAGGAUUGAAUUUCAAACAUAUUCUGUUUCUUUAAAGACAAGACACAUGUUUACUGCAAUUUUAAUGCAAAAUGCAAUCAAAUAAGAACUUGGAAAUCAAUCUUCCUGUAACUAUAUGAAGCACUACAUAGUUUUCGUUGUUUAUUUAUAUAAUCAAAGUCAUCAAGUGAAGUGUGAUAUAUUGAGAAUAUAAUAUUAACGACUUUCUCGCACGUAAAAAUGACAUUAUUGUAAACUGUCAUUACCUUAUGAAAUUGUUCAUAUAUUAAAAGCAAUUCAUUCCAAGAUGAUUUCCAAAAAGUGAUUUUGUAAACAAGACUUAAUACUAAAAAACAUAUUUUUUCUCAUGUGUUUGCAUGUUUAUCAUGUACUUCAUUCCAGACACUCCAAUAAUGAUAAAGGUUAACAUGGCCAGAAAUGUAUGACAGAUGCCUUGUAACUUAGCAGUUAGCUCAAUAACAUCAAAUACUAAAUCAGCCAGCCAGCAGCCUGUGAUAUUAUAGGAGUAUAUUCCAGAUAAAGCAUGGAUCUUCCUUCUAGCCUUAUAAUUGGUAUAUUUCUUCUACCUGCUCAAUGUUAGCAUUAGGUAGAUUUAAAAGGACUGUUGACUCGUCCUUGUGAAGAAAUUAUGGUAAGAAAAUGCACAGGACAAUAUAUCUGAAGUGAUUCCUUUAUAAAUGUCAUUCCUCUCCCACUGUUACGGAUUGAUAUGUGAACCUGAUUAAUUCAGAAACCUGUUUAUUCUGAAUGAGAAAUCCCUGUAGUGUUUGAUACAAACAGGUUUUCAGAAAAGAAAUCCCAUUUUUCUUUUUUAGAGAUUUUUAAAUCUGUGUGUAGGACAUUGAGUAAUAUAAUGACAAGUGAGAUGAUUUUAGAUUUUGAGUUUUUAAAUAAGUAGUAAAUCUGAAGAAAAUAAUUUAUAUCAUUAUUUUAUACACAGUAUGAUUGACAUUAGAGUUGUGAGCAUGGUGAACAUGGUUGUCAUUGAUUUUGAUAGUAUGUAAGGGAGUGUAUUUUUAUUGAUCUAUAAUACAAUAGAUCAGUAAACAUUGCAAUGAAAGUAUUUCUAGAUAAUUGCUCAAUAAAGUAUUUCAAAUUGU